GCCGCCUAUUCCCCGGAGAGGCGCCCUGGGACGGGUAGAAGGCGAAGGCCGCAGGCAGGAACGGAGGCGCGGAGGCGGCGGCAGCAGCGCUGGCGACUGCUUUUGGAAGUACGAUGGCCCGUGUCUUUGUCUACGGCACACUCAAGAAGGGCCAGCCCAACUACAAGCACAUGAUCAACACGGCCAAAGGGCUAGCGAAAUUCCAAGGAAGGGGCCGCACGGUGGAGAAGUACCCGCUGGUGAUUGCAGGGAAAUACAAUAUUCCUUACAUGCUGAACAUCCCGGGGACGGGUCACCACGUUGCUGGGGAGAUUUACUCCGUCGAUGAGCAGAUGCUGCGGUUCCUGGAUGAGUUCGAAGGCUGCCCAGACAUGUACCAGCGCACCCUGAUGAGAAUCCAAGUGGUGGAGUGGGAAGGGAAGGGCAGCACAGGCGAGCCGCGGGCAGCGGCCGACGGCGUCCUGGAGUGCUUCGUGUACAGCACGGCCACGUACCCGCCCGAGUGGGUUGGGCUCCCCUACCAUGACAGUUACGACUCCUCAGGGAAGCACGGCCUCUCCUACGUCCUACGGGAAAGCCGGGAAUAGAAACGGGGGGUGACGCAGCCUGGCCGAAGACGUAGUGCUAAGCAGGUGUUGCUCAGUAACCUUUCCAGGAAAGCUGUAAUACCUUUCUAUUAAAAUGCAGGAUCUCUUGUAACCUCCCCAACCCAGGAGCCUUGGCGCUAGCGUUGAAGUCCUGUAGGCCCAGAGCUGCAGACUCCUCCCCAGGCAGUCAGUGUCCUCCUGGCUCCCCCUACCUGCUGCAAGUAACUGCGUUUGCACCAGGUGUAAAGUAACUGUAUGUGCACAUCGGGUCUGGGGUCUAAUUAUUCCCUUAACUUCCCCCUUUGCCUUGGUGCAUAAUGGAGGUCAGUGAAAGGCAGAGGAACAGAUCAGUUUGUUUUCCCUGAACUGACAAAUUUUCUUGCACUAAUAUCUGAAACUGAUUUAAAUGUCUGCAAAAUAAAGCACAACUCAUACUGAAUAUUGACUUGUAAUGGUGUUUAGUAGGCUACUGCAUGUAAACAGGGAAAGCUGAUCAUAUAGAUAACUCGGUGCUUCUAGACAAAUAGGAAAUUGCUGGAGAAAAUGUGAAGAGUAUUCUUACUCUGCAUUGCAAUGGGUGUUUUUCUGAACUGGAAAGGUGUAUUUUUAAAGAAUGUUUAGUUUUACAAGGCACUGCCAAGAAAUAUUGAGAGAAUUAAGAGUUACAUUUAAAAUUGUAUUUUUAAUUUAACAUUCUAAGCACUUUGAGUUCCACUUCUGUUCAUUGAGUGACUGUAGGAUUUGGGGGUGUGUGUGUCUGUGUGUCUGUGUGUGUGUUAUGGGGGAUGUGGGGGAUUUUGGGGACCAGGGAAAGCAAACCGACACUGGAGCCAUUGUGAGCACUUACUGUCAAGGUGACUUUUUGCCAAGCACUUUAAUGCAGGACUUGCAACCAUAUGCAAACUGAGUUUCCUACUGAGGGAAAAGAUGUUUUAUACAUUAUAAAAAUAUCCAAAGGACCUGUAUAGUGAUUAUUGCAACCCUUAAAUUGGGGAAAAAAUAUGUAAAGAAGAUUGUUGUCCCCCUGACCCAACCAACUGUGCUGGUUUCUGUACAAUCUGGGAAAAUCGUGGCUUUCUGUUGUUACACUCUUGUGCCUUAUAUUUUCCUUCAGCUGCAGUGUUUGGUACAGAUAGAUUGUACAGUAGCCAAAGCUGCCAAAGGGAUGGGAGCAGGCAUUGUAUGCCAUGCAGUGAGCCAAGGUACCAUCAAAUGCAGCAAGGAUACAAUUAAGAACAAUAUUGUACUUUUGCUUCACUGCCAGUAGCCCUGUGAUGGCCAGAGGAGAUCCGGGGUAGGGAAUCAGCCUAAACUUUAGCAGUAGUAGGCACUGCUGCAUCUCAUUUAGAAAAGCUUUUAUGUUGCUGCAAUAAGCAAAACAAGUAACUUGACAGUAGAAUACUUGUGUCUCUUUACAAUACUUGUCUGUUUAGGGCACCCUGCAGAGACUGAACUGUGCACCUUUGGGAAGGGGCAAGAUGGCGGUAAGACUUGUAAAGAGAUCUGCAGGGUGUCUGCCUCAGUUUCUCCAACUGCAAAAGCAUUAAUUUUCCCAGAAGGCUGGUACUAUUCAAACACUCUCCUUACUCAUCUUGAUGAGUUUUGUAAACUAAUUCCCUAAGCAGAUCCCUGUGCUACAUUCCCCCUUGGCCAUGUGAUGUAGUUAAUUAGCAGUGUCUCAGUAACAUGAAGGAUGCCUCUUCAGUCAGAAGUUUCAAGCAGAAUCAAACGUUUCUGGUUGAACAUGAGUCACCAGCCCUGUCACAGACUGUUUUCAGCCUUCACCUUCCAGGAAAGGGCCCAGGCACCUCUGGCCACAGGUUUCUUUCUGGGAAGUAGCAGGACUCUGCACAUCCUAGGCAAGAAAAUGAGAGGAAGCCUGGUCUGAGGGACAACACGUGCUCCUAGCAGUACCUUGCGGCAGCUAAAGAGAUCUGAGAACAGUGCCAGCUCCUUCUGUAAAGACUUGCAUCCAGUAACCAGGAUCACAAAGACAAGGGUGGGGAAAUUGAGUAUGGAGUUUGAAUAGAAAGAAGACAAUUCCCUUACAACUUUAAAUGAAAAUACAUGACAAAUGUCUGCACUAGCAAAAUAAAGCCUCUAACCUGUAAUUUAAAUCUAAUCUAUACAAAUCAUUCAAAAUAUAAUAAUAUAUAAGUAUUUUAAACAUAAAUAAUUCUAUAAUAAUUUAUUAUUAGUUAAUAAAUAAUAAUUCAAUAAAUAUAUAUCCUAAUUCAAAAUAAAUCGGAUCAGAAUUUAAGCCAUUGGUGGUACUUGUGCAGCACUUUUACAGAGUAAAGGAGAACUGCUCAGUUUGCUCAGUGGUUAAUUUUUCAUUCUUGCCAACCAUUCUGUACAGCCUGGCUGGGGCCUCAAACCAGGGACAUUGCUGUGAAGAAGACAAAUCAGAUUUGGGCUUUUGUUAUGUUUUCUUUUUUUAAAAAAAGAGGCUUUUCCUGUUUCAAAGCAGAAAUGGUAUUUUAUUGAUUUUUUUUGAUCCUGAAAAAUCAAAGCAUUACAAAGGUUAUGUACAAGUAUUUCUGGAAGUAAAAAUCUGGGAUCUGUUGCCAAGAUUUAACAUCUGUGUUUGCUGUCUUAACCACUGAUACAGUAAAUAUGCCUGUAUAAAAUCUUGUGCGUAGUACUGUCCAUUUUCUGUGUUGAAUUGUCUUAAUGUUACUUUACAGAUAAAAAUAAUAAAGGCUUAGUUAAUUCAA